UACCUAUUUAAUACGAAAAAAAAAAGGAACGAAGUAUCUGCGAAGCUCGAAGGCGAGCUAUCCCCUUCGCAUGCUUUGACUUUCCGACAUAAUGCAGUUGGUGGUAGUUCCAAUCCCUCACUCUUCUCUACUUAGUCACAUUCGCAUUCCGAUGUGCUGUUUUUCCUUUUUGGGAAGAAAUUCAACUUAAUUUGGAGAUUUCAGCUUCAACCCAGUGUAGGGUUUGACUUCUUGUUUUCUGGAUCUAGACACAGUCACAGCAUCUUUCUAUAGUAUUUAUCAAAGCCAGCCACGGUUCUGAGUUGUGGUGGAUCCAGUUGAGCACAAUUUGUGAAAUUCUGAAGCUUUGCAUUCGGUUAAGAUUUAGGGUUCUCGAUGAUUAAUUGAUUUUGUGGAGGCAGAGGGACGAAACGCCAAUCCAAUUCAAUUGCAUUAAGCUUUCUAAUUUUGGAGCUGGGUUUGACAUUUUUGUGCUUGUGAGCUCUUUGUUGGGUCGCGAAAUUUGGUCAUGAUGGGAGCUCAGUCCAGCAGAAUGGGUAGGGGUGAUGUUCCAACACUGAUUAAAAUGGGUACUCAUUCGGUAUAUGCUGAUGAUUUGAGCUCUUAUGAAGCUGCAUGUGUUGAAGAUCCAAACUUGCAAUCAUUUGAUGCCACCAUUCAGGAGCGAACCAAUAGGGUUAUCAGCUCACUCGCUGAAGGGGUUGAGGUUCGUUCUAUGUCAGUUGAUUCGCUGAAAGAGAUGACCGCGAGCCUGCUUGAGAUGAACCAGGAAGUUGUCAAAGUCAUUCUUGAGUGCAGGCAAGAUAUAUGGAACAAGAAGGACCGGGAGUUGUUUUCCUUGGUCGGUGAUUUCUUUGAGAACAGUCUCCACACAUUGGACUUCUGUAAUGCCCUUGAUAAGUGCUUGAGACGGGCACGCGAAAGACAGAUUAUAAUUAAGUCAGCUAUUACCUAUUUUGAGGAAGAGUCACAAAAUGAGGUUGAAGGGUCAGUUUACCUGAAAACAUUGCAAGAACUUAAGAAUUUCAAGGAAGCUGGGGACCCCUUUACGGAGGAGUUUCAUCAGUUGUUUCAAUCAGUUUAUUCUCAGCAAGCAUCGAUGUUGAAAAAAUUGCUAAGUAGGAAGCACAAACUUGAUAAGAAAUUGCAAUCCCUCAAGACGUUGAAGAGAGUCUCAAAUGUCAUUUUUGUGGCUGCCUUUGUUUCUGUUUUGAUUUUCUCAGUGGUGGCAGCUGCGAUCUCUGCACCGCCUGUUGUAGCAGCGGUGGCUGGUGCAUUGGCUGUUCCAAUUGGCUCGGUAGGAAAAUGGUGUAAUUCACUUUUUAAAAAGUAUGAGAAUGCUAUAAGGAGCCAACGAGAAGUAAUAAGCUCAAUGCAAGUUGGUACUCUUAUUACAUUGAAAGACUUGGACAACAUUCGGUUAUGUGUCGACAAACUGGAAGUGGAGAUCGAAUCCAUGUUGCAGAAUGCUGUUUUUGCUAUUGGAAAUGAGGAUGCCGUAAAGCUUGCGAUCGAUGAGAUUAAGAAGAGAAUUGAACAUUUUUCGGACAUCAUCGAGACUUUAAGUGAGCAAGCCGAUAAAUGUAGUAGGGAGAUAAGGAGAGCAAGGACAGUGGUUAUACAAAAGAUAAUUAAAUAUCCUGGUUGACAGCCCUUUUGAGGCAUUUGAACAUCAUCUGUGGAUAAAAUAAUAAUCAUGAGAAUCUCAAAGCUGGAUGAAGCCUAGGACAAUUGAUGGUGAAAACAUAUAUUCACCCUGACUUCUCUUAAGUUGGCUCUCCACUUGUAUGUAGUUUAUUGCUUCUUGUUUGGUGCAGAGAUGUAAAGUUAUUUAUGAUACUCAUUAUUAUGCAUGCAUUCUUGGCUACUUGAUGUUUGAGGUAUCUGUUGAUGGCAAUAGUUGCAGUCUAGGAACCUUCUGCCGCUGCAUAUGCAUGAUUCUGGAACUUGUAAUUUUCUCUUUAGCAGUGCUUUGUGAUUCCAGAAUUCUAGUUAUUUGCCCGGAAUCAAGUAAGGAAAUGAAUAUAAAACCUGGCAGGUACCUGUGUUCAAUUCAGUAGUGUGUGUUUCUUAUGGAAUAAAUAUUAACCAAUA